AUGGGGAAUAUGACAUCGAUACCCGUUGAAUUAUGCGCAACUUUUGAUGCGGAUGAAAUUCGUCGGCUAGGAAAACGUUUUAAAAAGUUAGAUAUAGACGGUAGUGGAUCACUGAGUGUUCAAGAAUUCAUGUCUAUACCUGAAUUACAACAAAAUCCAUUAGUACAAAGAGUUAUUGACAUAUUUGAUACAGAUGGAAAUGGAGAAAUUGAUUUUAAAGAAUUUAUUGGUGGUAUAUCACAAUUUAGUGUUAAAGGUGAUAAAGAAUCAAAAUUAAAAUUUGCAUUCAAAAUUUAUGAUAUGGAUAAAGAUGGAUUCAUUUCAAAUGGUGAAUUAUUUCAAGUAUUAAAAAUGAUGGUUGGUUCAAAUUUAAAAGAUUCUCAGUUACAACAAAUUGUUGAUAAAACAAUAAUAAAUGCUGAUAAAGAUGGAGAUGGAAAAAUUAGUUUCGAUGAAUUUUGUGCUUGUAUUGGUGAUCCUCUUUUAAUCGAUAUGUCAAAAAAAAUGACUAUUAUUGUUUGA